AUGAAUAUCAUUCCCAGCAAGGGUGUAGCUAUGGCUCAAAUCGGAGACCACCGCUCAGUCAUCGAAUCUCGCCUCGGCCUAUCUGCUAUACACAACAAUGACUGUGAAAAAGUCGUCUAUGAUACCGACCCACAACUCAUCAUCCAUUACCAGGACGAUAGCACGGUUGAGUUGGUCGAGAUCGCAUAUUCGGGCGAUGAUGGAAGUGAAGUCUGGCUUGAUGGCGUCCAACUCUCCUACCGAUUUCUAGAUGAUGUGGUGGCGGACCUGGCCGCGAAAGGGUACAAAGGCACGCCAUCUGAUAUCGGUCACGAUUUCUUUGCGGGCUUUGCGAUCUGGUCAAUGGGGUCUCUCUGUGCAAGGGAUCUCGAUCCAGGUGCCGGUGAAGAAGACGAGCGGGAGGUUGUUGAGGGGGUCUCGGUGGCACCCUAUGCAUACUUCAUAGAUUGA